AUGGACAAGAUCCUUGGAACAUCCAUUUUAAUUCUAUGGCUUCAGCUAGGCUGGGUGAGUGGCCAACAAGACAAAAAGGACCAGCAGCAGGUGGAACAGCGUCCUCAAUCUGUGAAGGCUAAGGAAGGAGAGACCGCAAUUAUGAACUGUACUUAUAAGAAUAGUGCAUUUGACUACUUUCCCUGGUAUCAACAACGUUCUGGUCAAGGCCCUGAGUUACUGUUAGCCAUUCGUAUAAAUAAGAACAGAGAAGAGAAAGGAAGAUACAGUCUUUUAUCCAAUUCAAGUGUGAAAUAUUUGUCUCUGCACAUAAAGACCUUGGAGCCUGGGGACUCAGCCACCUACUUCUGUGCAGCAAGCACACAGUGCUCUCCAGGCACCUGCAGCCUGUGCCCAAACCUGCAGCUGAAGCUCCAGCCAGACCCUGUGUGUGGAGGAUCGGGAGCGCAGUCAGUGACCCAGCUGGACGCCCACGUCGUUGUCUCUGAAGGAGGCUCUUUGGAGCUGAGGUGCAACUAUUCAUAUCGUAGCUCUCCUUAUCUCUACUGGUACGUCCAGUACCCCAGUCAAGGUCUCCAGCUCAUCCUCAAGGACUAUUCAGGGAACGCCGUGGUUAAAAGCAGGGUGAGUGGCCAACAGGAGGACAAAAAGGGCCAGCAGCAGGUGGAACAGCGUCCUCAGUCUGUGAUGGUCCAGGAAGGAAAAACUGCAGUUCUGAACUGUGAAUAUGAGGACAAAGCGCUUAACAAGCCUGGUUUGGGUUCCCCAGACCCCAGAUUUUCACCUGUGCAGAUUUCCGAGAAAGGUGCUCCUUUGUCCAUCAUGACCUUGGCGUUCGCAUUGAUGCUUGAGAUGGUCCUGUUGCUGAGAGGAUCUGGAGCGCAGUCGGUGACCCAACUGGACACCCAAGUCGUUGUCUCUGAAGGAGCCUCGCUGGUGCUGAGGUGCAACUACACCAUUUCUGUUCCACCAUACCUCUUCUGGUACGUCCAGUACCCCAACCAAGGCCUCCAGCUCAUCCUGAGGUACACAUCUGGAAACAGUCUUGUUUUGGGCAUCAAGGAUUUUAAGGCUGAACAUGAAGAGGGAAAAACCUCUUUCCACCUGAGGAAAUCCUUCGUGGAGUUGAGCGACUCAGCCCAGUACUUCUGUGCAGUGAGUGACACAAUGAGUCAUGGAUGGGUGAGUGGCCAACGGGAGGACAAAAAGGGCCAGCAGCAGGUGGAACAGCGUCCUCAGUCUUUGAUGGUCCAGGAAGGAAAAACUGCAGUUCUGAACUGUGAAUAUAAGGACAAAGCGCUUAACUACUUUCCCUGGUAUCGACAAUACCCUGGUCAAGGCCUUGAACUUUUGAUAUCCAUAUAUUCCAAUAAAGAAGAAGAAGAGAAAGGAAAAUACAGACUUCUCUCCAAUAAAAGUCCUCACAGCAAGCCGGGUUUGGGUCCCCCAGACCCCAGAUUUUUACCUGUGCGGAUUACCGAGAAAGGUGCUCCUUUGUCCAUCAUGACCUUGGUGUUCGCCUUGAUGCUUGAGACGGUCCUGUUGCUGAGAGGAUCUGGAGCGCAGUCGGUGACCCAACUGGACACCCACGUCGUUGUCUCUGAAGGAGCCUCGCUGGUGCUGAGGUGCAACUACACCAUUUCUGUUCCACCAUACCUCUUCUGGUACGUCCAGUACCCCAACCAAGGCCUCCAGCUCAUCCUCAAGGACUUUUCAGGGGACACCUUGGUUAAAGGCAUCAAUGGUUUUGAGGUUAAACGUGAGACGCAAAACACUUUCCACCUGAGGAAAUCCUUCGCUGACUGGAGCGACUCAGCGCAGUACUUUUGUGCAAGGACCAAAAAGAGGGAGAAGAGAGAAGGUGUGAGAGGGGACCAGGUGCAGCAGAGCCCCCAACGCCUGAUUCUCCAGGAGGGGGCCAUCACCACGCUGAGGUGCAACUCUUCCAUUGCUAUGAACAGUGUGCAGUGGUUUCGCCAAAAUCCCGGGGGCAGUCUGGUCACCUUGUUUUACAUUCCUUUGGGGACUAAGUCUAAUGGAAGAUUGAAGGCUACCACAGUCGCCGUUGAACGCCAUAGCUCACUGCAAAUUUCCCCUGCCGAGACCUCAGACUCAGCCAUUUACUUCUGUGCCAUUACCACAGUGCUCCCCAGACACCUGCAGCCUGAGCACAAACCCUCAGGGGACAGCCCCCUGCAAGCACAGCCACCUCCCAAGGUCUCCAGCCUACAGGAGUGUCCUGCUUUGGGAAAAUGGCUCCAGAAUCUGCUGAAACUGAAACCUGAUGGCAACACAGAUGGAGGGGUGAGUGGCCAAAAGAAGGACAAAAAGGUCCAGCAGCAGGUGGAACAGCGUCCUCAGUCUUUGAUGGUCCAGGAAGGAGAGACCGCAAUUCUGAACUGUACUUACAAUACCAGUGCAUUUAACUACUUUCAGUGGUAUCGACAAUACCCUGGUCAAGAAGAUUGGCAGUGCUACAUGAGCAACCCCAUUUCCUGUGUGGGGAGCAGCAUCUCCCCCAGGAGCUACAUAAGCGCCCGUCCAGGCUCUCAGAGACACUGGGCUGCCAGCUGGAGGAACAGCUGCCACCGUGUUGGGCACACAUGCCCCAUGGCGCCCUCCAGCCUGCUAUGGGCACUGGUGGCCUUCACCUGCUCAGGAUUCAGUGUGGCCCAGAAAGUUAUUCAAGAUCAACCAACUACAACCAUAGAAGAGGGGUCAGCAGUCACCCUGAAGUGUCGCUAUGAAACAAGUUGGAGUCACUACUACCUGUAUUGGUACAAGCAGCUUCCUGAUGGAAAGAUGAGUUACCUUAUUCAUCAGUCUUCUUCUCAAAACAGAGCUGUAAGCCGUCGCUAUUCUACAAGCUUCCAGAAAGCAGACAAAUCAAUCUCCCUCACCGUUAGAUCCUUACAACUAGAAGAUUCAGCAAUGUAUUUCUGUGCACUCAGUGAUGCACUGUGCUUGAAGUGA